AUGAGUUGCCAACCUUUUACUUCGGCUGAUACCUUUAUACCUCUGAAUUCUGAGUCUUCUGCAACUCUGCCUCUGAUAAUGCAUCACAGCGCUGCCGAGUGCCUACCUGUCUCCAACCACGCCACCAACGUGAUGUCCACAGUCCCGUCUAUUUUGUCUUUGAUCCAAACUCCUAAAUGUUUGUGCACAUAUUUCUUGGUGACAACAUUGGGAACCACAGCAACAGGACUUCAUUAUUCUGUUCCUUCCUGUCAUUAUGGAAACCAGUCAUCGACCUAUGGAGUGAUGGCAGGGAGCUUAGCCCCUUGUCUUUAUAAGUUUCCUGACCACACCUUGAGUCAUGGCUUUCCUCCCAUGCACCAGCCUCUCCUGGCAGAGGACCUUACAGCCGCUGAUUUCAAGCAGGAGCUCAGGCGGAAAAGCAAGUUGGCUGAAGAGCCAAUAGACAUGGAUUCUCCAGAAAUCCGAGAACUUGAAAAGUUUGCCAAUGAAUUUAAAGUGAGAAGAAUUAAACUAGGAUACACCCAAACAAAUGUUGGGGAAGCCCUGGCAGCUGUGCAUGGCUCUGAAUUCAGUCAAACAACUAUCUGCCGAUUUGAAAACUUGCAGCUCAGCUUCAAAAAUGCAUGCAAACUGAAAGCAAUAUUAUCCAAAUGGCUGGAGGAAGCCGAGCAAGUAGGAGCUUUAUACAAUGAGAAAGUGGGUGCAAAUGAAAGAAAAAGGAAACGGAGAACAACUAUCAGUAUUGCUGCUAAAGACGCUCUGGAGAGACACUUUGGAGAACAGAAUAAACCUUCCUCUCAAGAGAUCUUGCGGAUGGCUGAAGAACUGAACUUGGAGAAAGAAGUAGUGAGGGUUUGGUUUUGCAACCGAAGGCAGAGAGAAAAACGGGUGAAAACAAGUCUGAAUCAGAGUUUAUUUACUAUUUCUAAGGAGCAUCUUGAAUGCAGAUAAGAUUUCCUAUUGUGUAAUAGCCAGUUUUUCUAUUUUUCAUUCCUUUCUCUUCUUCAGCCAAACUAAAAAUUCUUUUUUUGGUUAGCUUCAAAAAAAUAUCAGUAACUUUUGCAGAAGCUUUUCUUUUCUACUUUAAAAAUAAAUAUGACAAUUUAAAUUAUAUUGAUGAAUUAUUCUCAGAAGCCACAUUGUACUUUUUAAGCCAGAGACUAAUAGGAAUA